AUGGCUCAGAUUCAGCAUCAGGGUCCCAAUGCCAACGGUGGAGCGGCGGUUUCCGGUGCCGCUGCGGCGGCUGCGGCUGGAGCGGCGGCUGCAGCGGCCGGGGCGGCGCAGCCAGGGACGACGUCUCUGUACGUCGGCGAUCUGGACGUGACCGUGACGGAUUCGCAGCUGUUUGAGGCGUUUAGCCAAGCGGGUCAGGUGGUCUCCGUUCGUGUUUGCAGGGACAUGACCACUCGGAGAUCUCUCGGCUAUGGCUACGUUAACUACGCCACUCCUCAAGAUGCUUCCAGGGCGUUGAAUGAGCUGAACUUCAUGGCUCUCAAUGGGAGAGCUAUAAGAGUUAUGUACUCUGUUCGUGAUCCAAGUCUCCGCAAAAGCGGAGUUGGUAACAUCUUUAUCAAGAAUCUUGACAGAGCAAUUGAUCACAAAGCACUCCAUGAGACAUUCUCUGCCUUUGGUCCCAUUCUGUCUUGCAAAGUGGCUGUUGAUCCUUCUGGCCAGUCGAAAGGCUAUGGGUUUGUGCAGUACGACACUGACGAAGCGGCUCAGAAAGCCAUAGACCAGUUGAAUGGAAUGCUUCUCAACGAUAAGCAAGUGUAUGUUGGACCUUUUGUUCACAAGCAGCAGAGAGAUCCUUCGGGUGAGAAGGUGAAGUUCAACAAUGUGUAUGUCAAGAAUCUCUCCGAGUCCAUGUCUGAUGAGGAGCUGAACAAAGUUUUCGGAGAGUUUGGAUCGACUACUAGCUGCGUGAUCAUGAGAGAUGGUGAAGGCAAGUCUAAAGGCUUUGGAUUUGUCAACUUUGAGAACGCUGAAGAUGCGGCCAAAGCUGUUGAGGCUCUGAAUGGGAAGAGCUUUGAUGACAAGGAGUGGUUUGUUGGGAGAGCUCAAAAGAAGUCUGAGAGAGAAACCGAACUCAAGCAAAAGUUUGAGCAAAGUUUGAAGGAGGCUGCUGAUAAGUCUCAGGGGUCUAACUUGUAUGUUAAGAACUUGGAUGAGACUGUCACAGAUGAUAAGCUCAGAGAACAUUUCGCUCCCUUUGGAACUAUUACAUCAUGCAAGGUGAUGCGUGACCCUAGUGGUGUGAGUAGAGGAUCUGGAUUUGUUGCAUUUUCAACUCCUGAGGAAGCUUCUAAAGCUAUUGCGGAGAUGAAUGGAAAAAUGAUUGUUACAAAGCCACUAUAUGUUGCUCUUGCACAGAGGAAAGAAGACCGCAAAGCCAGGUUACAGGCUCAGUUUUCACAGAUGAGGCCUAUGAACAUGCCACCUCCGGUUGGUCCUAGGAUGCCAAUUUACCCACCAGGUGGUCCACCAAUGGGUCAACAACUCUUCUAUGGUCAAGGACCUCCAGCUAUGAUUCCUCCUCAGCCUGGGUACGGGUACCAACAGCAGCUUGUACCGGGUAUGAGACCUGGUGGUUCCCCAAUGCCAAACUAUUUCAUGCCUAUGAUGCAACAAGGCCAACAGCAGCAGCAGCAACGACCUGGUGGUGGUGGUGGUAGAAGAGGAGGUCCUCUUCCACAAUCACAGCAACCUUCUCCUAUGAUGCAGCAUCAGCAGAUGCAUCCAAGAGGUAGAAUGUAUAGGUAUCCACAGAGAGAUGUCAACGCAAUGCCUGGUCUUACUCCAAACAUGCUCUCUGUCCCAUAUGACGUGCCUGGUGGUGCUGGUGGUGUGCAUCAUCGUGAUGCGCCUGCUUCUCAGUCUGUUCCUAUUGGAGCUUUGGCUACAUCACUUGCAAAUGCAGCUCCAGAGCACCAGAGAACGAUGCUUGGUGAGAAUCUAUACCCGCUUGUGGAGCAGCUGGAGCCGGAAUCAGCAGCUAAAGUCACAGGAAUGCUUCUUGAGAUGGACCAAACCGAAGUGCUUCACUUGCUGGAGUCUCCUGAUGCACUAAAGGCUAAAGUUGCAGAGGCAAUGGAUGUUCUGAGGAGUGUGGCUCAGCAGCAACAAGCCGGUGGUGCAGCUGACCAGCUAGCUUCUCUGUCCCUUGGAGACAACAUCGUAACUUGA